UAACAAUCAUCAGAGGCUUGUUCGUCACAGAUGAGUGAUAUCAGAUGUGUUGGGUUUAUUCGUACAACAAAUGACGACCAGCAAGCAAUGCUCAAGAGCUCUGCAGGUGACACUGACAUUAACUGUGCACAGAGGCUUGUCCAGCUGUGUGUGAGUGAAACCAGGACUCAUUGAAAAUUCUGUGCCGACACCGUGACCGUCUCUUGGUACACCUGUGUCUGUCAUGCUAAAAGGAUUCAGAGGUCACAUCACAAAUCCCUCUUACCUCUGCUUAGGCACUUUCCUCUUCCAACCACCUGGGUCCAUGAUGGUGUCUACAUUAAUGCCCAGACUUUAAGAUCCAACCAUUUGUGACAUAUUUUUGCAACCAAGACCGGCCAGGCAGUCAAGUGGAAAUGGAAGAAGGCUUGAUAGAGAUGUCACUGUUUGUAACGCGGUAAUGAGACAAGGCAGCCCUCACUAAGGCUUCGGAUCAAAUAGACAGCCACCCUUCGGUGCCGUGCCGUGGAGCUCCCGGGCGAUUCGAUGAAGAGGGCUGACUGACAGGAAGACACCCGCUCUGUUUUAAUAUUUCUCAUCUCUUCGUAAAUUAAACCCCCACCUGGGAUGAAAGGCUCGACUCCCCGACACUGAGAAAUGGACUCGGAAUGGCAAAAUGAUAGUGGUCAUGAUCCAUCCACACCAAUGAUAAAGUGCAGAAGCAGAGCCGAACAGACGGGACAGUUUCCUCAAGCCCAAGUGUUCUGCAGAAGAGAUAAAGUCAUACUGGUUGGAAAAACACGAGGGCACACCUAUGUGCCAGAGGAUGAGCUUAAGGCAGCUAAGAUCGAUGAGGAGCAUCUGCAGGAUGACGGCCUCUCCUUAGAUGGUCAGGACGCAGAAUACCUGUGCAACGAAGAUGACGACGGACGCGAACAGCUGAGCUACCAGAAUUCGCCACUCAGCAAUGGCACCAACCCAGAUGCUGGGUACGCCUCACCCCUCAGCGACACCAGCGAUCACCUGGCUGACUUUAAAAGCACGUCCUCCAAAGAGGGCCAGGAUAAAGAGGAGGUUGAAGACAUGGAGACAGAAGCAGGAUUGUCUCUGCAGGACAGCCUGGCACAGAUGAAAGCCGUCUAUGCAAACCUGAUUUCAGAUGCUUCCUGGUCAAGUAUCACAAGAGACAUUAUGAAAAGCAAAGUUAGUGCCAGCAGUACCAACAGUACUGCUAGCAGCCACAAGGGAAACAACAGCAUUGUGAGCAGCCAUGCGAGUAACGUUGCAAGCGGUGGAGCUAGCAGCAGCAGCAAUGUUAGUGCUAGCACCAAGACAAACGCAGCACCAAGCAGCAAUUCUACAAAAGCCACCACUUUAAACAGUUCCAACAAUGGAAACAUCAACGGUGCUAACAGUGGAGGUGUUGCAUAUGACUGGCACCAGGCAGCACUUGCUAAAACCUUACAGCAUACUCCGUACCACCUAAUGCCUGAACCAAGUCUCUUCAGCACAGUGCAGCUGUACCGGCAAAACAAUAAGCUGUACGGGCCUGUGUUUACGGGUGCCAGCAAGUUCAGAUGUAAGGACUGUAGUGCAGCCUAUGACACACUAGUAGGUCUCACGGUUCACAUGAAUGAAACGGGUCAUUACCGUGACGACAACAAGGACAAGGAGGACGACAAGGGCAAGAAAUGGUCCAAGCCAAGGAAGCGAUCUUUAAUGGAGAUGGAGGGCAAAGAAGAUGCUCAGAAAGUUCUAAAGUGCAUGUAUUGUGGCCACUCGUUUGAAUCACUGCAGGACUUGAGUGUCCACAUGAUCAAAACUAAACACUACCAGAAAGUGCCUCUUAAAGAACCAAUGCCAGCUCUUGCCUCAAAGCUGGUUCCCUCCACCAAAAAGCGAGCAUUCCAGGACCUGAUGUCUCCAUGUUCACCUGAGUCUAUUUCAAGCUCCGCUGGUAUUCCAUUGGCAGAGACUGCAUCCACCAAAGAUCAAAAGAUUUCCAAUCCGUAUGUCACUGCUAAUAAUCGUUAUGGUUACCAAAAUGGUGCAAGUUAUACCUGGCAGUUUGAGGCACGAAAAGCUCAAAUUCUUAAGUGUAUGGAGUGUGGGAGUUCACAUGACACCUUGCAGCAGUUAACAGCCCAUAUGAUGGUGACUGGCCAUUUUCUAAAAGUCACGAAUUCCGCCUCUAAAAAGGGGAAGCAAUUAGUAUUCGACCCCGUUGUGGAAGAGAAAAUUCAAUCUAUUCCUCUUCCACCCACAACAACACGUUUACCACCCCCAACCAUUAAAUCUCAACCAGAUUCACCAAUACACCCCUCUUUCAUGGAUGAAAGGAAGGAGGUAGAAGAAGAGAAAAUGGAAGAGAAAAUAGAGGAGAAAAAAAUCAAACAAGAGAAAGAAGAUCCUUCAGAGAAGGUGGACAAGUCAGAGAAACUUAGCCAUUACAAAUAUCUGAGAGAGGAAGAUCUCGAGGAGACUCCUAAAGGGGGUUUAGAUAUUCUUAAGUCUUUAGAGAAUACUGUCUCCAGUGCAAUCAGUAAGGCUCAGACAGGUACACCCACCUGGGGUGGAUAUCCCAGCAUUCAUGCUGCCUACCAGCUUCAAGGGUCAAUAAAAUCUCUGUCUGCUGUUCAGAGUGUUCAGAUGCAACCAACAUUCAAUGCCAGCAGCUUGAAAUCUUUGACCUCUGACUCCAGUGCUCUGAUCCAUUCUCCAAGCAGCCCAUCUCCACCUCCAAACCACAAAAGCAAUGUCUUAGCUAUGGAAGAGUUGGUUGAGAAAGUGACAGGCAAAAUAAUGUCAAAGAAAGACAGGGAUGAAAAAUCAACAGAACGCAGUUCCAAACAUUUUUCAGCUGAAUUACCCUCCCCUGUCCCCAAAGACAGAAAGGACUUGCCAAGACCAGAUGAUCUCAGCAAGCCGACAAAGAAUGGCACAGUAGAUAAAGAGUCAGAGCACGUUCCUCUUCGGGAAGGGGAACACAAGGAAAGCCACGCAGAUAAUCCUCUAAAGAAUGGAACUGAUGUCCCCAAAACACAAGUCACCAAUGGUUGCAGUAAUUUAGGAAUUAUCACUGACCACUCACCAGAACAGCCUUUAGUCAGCCCCCUCAGUGCAUUGCAGUCCAUCAUGAACACUCAUUUAGGAAAGGCCUCCAAAACGGUUAGUCCGCUACUAGACCCUCUAGCAAUGCUUUAUAAGAUCAGCAACAACAUGAUGGAAAAACCCAUGUACAAUCCAGCUCAGGUCAAGCAAGUUGAGUCCAUUAACAGAUAUUAUGACAACGAUGAUGAUCAGCCCAUGGACCUGACAAAGUCCAAAAGCAGCAAUGGGCCCACAAACAAUUGUUCACCUACUGUUAUUAACAACAGCAGCAUCACAAACAGUUCCCGGCCCAUGCUAUCCACUUUGACAGAAUCAGUCUCAUCUCCUCUUCGGGAGAAUGCGUUAAUGGACAUCUCGGAUAUGGUGAAGAACCUCACAGGUCGUCUGACACCAAAGUCAUCGACGCCUUCCUCCAUAUCGGAAAAGUCAGAUGCAGAUGGCUGUGCAUUUGAGGACGGCUUAGAUGAUCUUUCCCCUGUUCAAAAAAGGAAAGGCAGGCAGUCAAACUGGAACCCUCAGCAUUUGCUGAUUCUUCAGGCCCAGUUUGCAUCCAGCCUUCGAGAAACCUCUGACGGAAAGUAUAUAAUAACAGACCUUGGUCCUCAGGAGCGUGUACAUAUUUGUAAGUUUACAGGUCUUUCCAUGACCACCAUCUCACACUGGUUGGCAAACGUCAAGUACCAACUCAGGCGGACAGGUGGAACCAAGUUUCUGAAAAACAUUGACUCGGGCCACCCACUGUUCCUGUGUGGUGAUUGUGCCUCCCAGUUUAGAACUCCCUCCACGUACAUAAACCACUUAGAAACCCACUUGGGCUUCAGCUUGAAGGACCUCUCAAAGUUAUCAAUAGACCUCAUAAGAGACCAGCAAGCAGUCACAAAAAUGAUCACAGACAAGACAUUCAGUGCCCUCGGCUUGACUGAGGAAGACUCUAAUUCCGUUUUUCAGUGCAAACUGUGCAAUAGAACUUUUGUCAGCAAGCAUGCCGUGAAACUGCACCUCAGCAAAACGCACGGAAAGUCACCCGAGGACCACCUGAUCUUUGUUACUGAGCUGGAAAAGUUAGAAAAAGCCUAAGAUAGCAGGCUGGUGGCAGUAAAGUGACUGGAUCCAGAAUCAUUGCACUACAUCACUGUACUGCACUGCGCCUGAACUGAGCCUCGGAAGUCAGUUCAACUUGUGUCAUGAAACUGCCUGACUGGACCAUGAUCUGUUUCAAUUUUUUUCCUCCUUGUUUUUCAGUCUCAUGAUUUCUAACUCUUGCUUUGUAUCGUAUUUAUCUGAUAUGUGUCGUUUAUGUGCAUGUUUUUCCUUUCAUCCUUUGAGUGACUUCACAUUCAAACAGAAUUUACAGUUUGUACUCUGUUGAAUUGGGAAUGAAACGAACAUGGUAUCCAUGGGCAUGGUCCUAAAACAAAAUAGCAAAAGAACUUCUGAAUAGAAUGAAUUGUGUUGAACACUUAAUAUACCUUAUAAAAGACUGACAUCAAUAAAGCACUCUGUAGUGUCGAAUGUUAUGAGAAUAUGUAUAAAGUAAGACAGACCUAUUUUGUUAAUUUGAAAAUUUCAGAUAUUGGCUUGACAUAAAUCAAACUCCGCAACCCUUUGAAGUGAAAACAAUGCAUCAGAUUUUGUUGAGUCUUCUAAACCUCGAAGGAUAAGGAAGAUUUUGACUGGCUGCCUAUGAUUAUACACUUUGGUUUUUCCAAAGGCGUUUCUUUGUUUUUAAUAAUCAUUGUUUUCGUUGUUAAGUAUCAUUUUAUACAGUAGCAAUUUGAAACGUAUGCUUUGGUACCACUCUUUCCCUUUCUAUGGUUUUCGCUUCACUUUCAACCUGUAUAGACUUAAUUGAAAUCUUAUAUACAGCACAUAUAUUUAAAUGAUCAGCGAAGAUGUGUAAAUUUCCAUCACCAUAUCUUGCCAAUUGGCGCAGCUCAACAUUGUUUGUAUGGUGUGCAUUCUUUUAUAUUGUCAUUUUAUAUAUAGUAAACAAAAAGGAAAUAAUAUGUACAGAGAUGUAUAUGCAGUAUAUGUGCUGUAGAACCACAAUUCAUCAUUUAGUUUUCAAUGAACUAAGUUCUCUGAUGUGGUAAAUAUGAAUUGACUGAAUUGAAGGAAGUUGCAUCUAUGUCGAUGCACGGUGCGCAAAAUGGAACCAAGCAAUGCAAAACAUGAAAUACAGUACAUUUCAAUGUUUUAUCAUGCCAUUGUGAAAAGUCCCAUUAAUUCCCUAAUUAAAAAAGAAAAAAUGUUUUUGUCCCUUAAUUGUAAAAUAAAACCUGAAGCAUUUCUUGA